AUGACUCUGUGCUUUAGGUGUGACAGUCCUCAGUCAGCACAACAAUGCGGAGUACAACGACAAUGCGAUGCGUUACGAAUGCACAGGCGGAAACCUAUCAAGAUCACUUUAAUCUAUGAGGCUCUAUGCCCCUAUUGCCAGAAGUUUAUCUCCAAUCAACUCGGAAGCAUAUAUCAACAGUUCAAGGAUCACCUAGAGCUGGAACUGAUCCCAUGGGGCAAUUCACGCAUCCUCCGUGUAAGUUAG